UCGAGUUGAAUCAAUUUUUGAAGAGAGAUGGGCUGCAUUGUUGCAGGAAUAUCCUAAUGUCACUAGUUAUUUGCAAUGUUAUCUUUAUCCAUGUAGAGACUUGGGUAUUUCAUAUAAUAGUAUUAUUAAAAAUAAUGUUAAUGGGUCAUCUUUACUUACGGAGCUUGAGCAUACAAUUAAGAGGUUAUUAGCAAAAGAGAGCAAAUUUAUAAAGUUAAAUGAAACCAUUGGUAAGCUUUCUGUAAGUCAAGAUGAAGAUUAUCAUAAUCAUUACUUUAAAGAAGUUGACAUAUCAUAUCAAUAUUUCUUAGCACCAGCAAUUCUUAAACUCCAACGACAUGAAAUAAAUCGCAACAUGCAUUAUCGAUGUCAUCUAUCUAAUUUGGAAUAUGAACUUAAGCCAUUUUCCCAAAAGGACAUUUUCCCAAAAACCUUAAACAGAGUAACUGUUGAAUCACCAAGAGGCAUAUUUUUUGAAGAUAUGUUUGAUGCAUGUGUGAUAGAACUCGCGCAGUUAAUUGUAGAUUUAGAUCCAACAAGAAUACGUGAACUUUGGCGUAUUUCUUCUAUUAAUAAAAAAAGCAAGCAUUUUAUUGUAUUAUAUGAUAACGCUAUGCAUCUGUGUACAUGCUUGACAUUAAUUAAUUAUGGUCUUGUAUGUCGUCAUUUUUUUGCAACAAUGCUUAUUUCUUCAAUUGCUAAAUUUUAUAUUGGAUUUUUACCACGGCGUUGGUAUACAAAUGUAUCAGUUAUGGAGGCAGAUUCAACACUUUCAAAUGUACCAGCAAUUUCAUUGUUAUCAAAUAAUGGAUUUGGUACAGUAGAACAUGCA